AUGGGUGUUCUGAAGUACCCCCGCGUCAGAAUGUACUGGCAAGCUGCCACGAGAAUUCCCGCAAUAGCGGAUGUGAUGGGUGUGAAGAGGUUCUUCAAAAUCAGAGGCGCCCUUCACAUAACUGACGCUAAUGCAGAACGGGACCCAAACAGCCUCGACAAGUUUUGGAAAGUUAGGCCCUUGUUAGAAGCUGUGAGAGGCCGAUGCUUACAGCUUGUUCCCUUGGAAAAAAAUAGCAUCGAUGAGCAGAUGGUGCCAUUUACGGGGCGUUUUGCUGCAAAGCAAUUUGUAAAGGGAAAACCAAACCCUGAAGGGGUAAAGGUUUUAGUGCGCUGCAGCUUUGAUGGGCUAGCAAAUGACUUUGAGCUUUACCAAGGGAAGGGAACAGGGGUGAGUAAAGAGCAUUCUCACCUUGGACUUGGUGGUUCUGUCGUAAUGCGCCUUGUUGAAUACCUCUUGAAGGCACAGAACAUUAAGUGCUACAUGGAUAACUAUUUCACAUCAGUGAAACUGCUUCUGGAGUUGAAAGAGAUCGGUAUUUUGGCUAGUGGCACAAUUAGAGGAAUCCGUUUGGCAGGUUGCAUUCUGAAAACCGACAAAGAAAUGAAGAAGGAAGGACGUGCAAGGUACGAUGAAAGGGUUUCCGUGGACGGCGACGUUGCUCUUGUCCGUUGGCAAGACAAUGGCGUGGUCAACAUGGCCUCUACUCACCUAGGAGUCGGAAACGUUGGCGCGGUAAGAAGAUGGAGCGAAGCUUUAAAGGCCCACGUCGACAUCGAAUGUCCUGAGGUAAUUCUAGACUACAACAAAUACAUGGGUGGAGUGGACAAACUAGACUUCAUCAUGUCCCUCUACCCAAUGAGGACACGAACCAGCAAGUGGCCUGUGAGAGUGAUAUCCUAUUUUGCUUCUUUUGCCCUCUGUAACAGUUGGCUAGAGUACAUCAGAGAUGCCAAUGCAGAAGGGUUGCUAAAAAAAGACACAAUGGAUAUGAUGGCAUUUCAAAGAGAUGUCGCAAACUGCCUGCUGAGUGUCAACAAGCCCCAGAAAAAGCCUGGGCGACCAAGCAGUGAGAACCCCCAGGUGAUGAAAAGGAAUGCACCGAAUGCGUCACCCCUGCCAGUGAGCACUCUUCGCUAUGACGACAUCCACCACUGGCCACAGCAAAUGAACAUACCCAACGCACAACGCUGCAGGAGGGAAGGAUGCUCAUCCAAGAGCCGCGUUCGCUGCAGGAAGUGUGACAUUUUUCUUUGCCUGACAUCGCAGAAUGACUGCUUCUACCUCUUUCACACUAAAUAG